GAGCAAUCCACUCGUGCUCUAACCCAGACUGGAGUGCGUAUUUCUGGAAGAGAUCGUUAUCAAAAAGAGCCAAGAAUCGAAAAACUAGACAUAUUGCGGAUGAACUGAGACACAGUCGGAGGCAACGCGAAAAAGCGAGACGCCGUACUUUGUAGGCAAAGUCUGACCGAACUCAACCCAAAAGGGAGGGAAUAUCAGAACAGGUUUUUUUUUUACUUGUUUUAUUUUUGCACGCCUGUGGUGCUAAACGAGCGGGACUUUGGAUACUGAGGAUACUAACGCGCGUGUUUUCUCCGCAGUGGAAAAGACUCGAACACUGCCCCCCCUCUCCCUCCCUCUCUCUCUCUCUCUCUCUCUCUCUCUCUCUCUCUCUCACACACACACACACACACACAAGUCUGGGAUUUGAGAGAGAAGCAAUGCAGUUCUGUGGGCAGCGAGACGGCGGGGUUUUCUGCAGCUAAGCUCGGCAGACAAGCUGGAGCAGAGAUCAGUUUCUGCUUAAAUCUGUACGUACAGCGAGCCGCAGCCUCGGCGCAAAUCAGCGUCGACGUUAACGUUAGCUACGAUUUUUUCCUGUCCUCUUAUCGACUCCUCAUCGACUGUUUGGCUCCCCCCACCUCUAUAAUCUCAUCGGAGAUUUCGUUUGACGCCAUUUUACGCCGAUAAACAUCGUCUUCUGUUAAGUGCAUCGUUCAAUUUGACGGAUUGCAGAGUUGCCAUCGGUCCCGCUCGCGAUCGUAUUCAUGUCACUGGAUGGAUUUGCUCUUAACUACGUGACCAGCAGCUUCGGAAAUGGUUUCACUCCAGGAAAUCUGUACCUUUGCGAGAUUCGUGCGAUUCAGGGAGCAACAGAGUUAAGACCCAUCUCAUCCCUCUCCGACUGAAUACGACCCACUGUGACUGGUGUCCCCCUUGUGCUCUCGGCUCCCUCCUGGUUCCUGCGUGUUGAACCUGAGCCUCGGGAUCGUUGAUGGAGCAAAGGGACCUAACACGCCCUGUGCGGCCCAAAGGCAACGAGGAGUUCUACUCCACCGUGACCACCAUCAAUCGGGCUGACCUCACCGAGGUGGGCCUUCUGGCUGGUCCUGUGAAGGGCCUAGGCCUGGCUGGAGAGCAGCAGGAGCACGAGGAGGAAGAAGACCUGGGCCUGGGGAAGGAUGUGGACGUCACCUCCAAUGCCGACAGUGAGAAAUGGGUGCAGGCAGAUGGGCUGGAGGAGCAGGAGUUCUCCAUCAAAGAGGCCAGCUUCUCAGAAGGCAGCUUGAAGCUCAAGAUCCAAACCACCAAGCGGGCCAAGAAGCCGCCAAAGAACCUGGAAAACUACAUUUGUCCCCCUGAGAUCCGCAUCACCAUCAAACAGCCUGGGGAACAGAAGACCACCAAACAUGCCAAGAACAGCAAAGGGGAGAAGGAGGAAGACAGAGGGCCUCCAAGAAAGAGGACCUAUGAGAGGCCUUACAGACUAAUGGCUCAAAAUGACAACAACAACAUGACGGAUGUCCUCGGGGAAAGCACGAGACCAAAGCAUGAGCCCAAAAACAAUGACAUUCACCAACUGGAUUGGACAAAGCCAAUAUCAAGAGAGUCGGCAUCCCAAGGGGACCAAGACAGAGAUUCGGAAUCAAAACAAGAAACAACAUGCAUUAACAAGAGCCUUCUGUCUGAGGUCAACACUCCAUUCUCAAAGACGCAGGUUAAAAAGGUCACAGAGGGUUCAUCCGGAAGUACGUUUGCCUCGGGAAUGACUUGCCCAGGAUCUGACACACAGGCUUCUUCACCAGCUGAUAUAACAAUGAGUCCACCAACAGACGCAAAUCCAUUGAUGUACUGCUCUUUCAGCAAAGAGAGAGGUUUGCAGGAGGUCACUGAGCAAGUCUUUGGGAACAUUAAAAGGAAGUACGGCAGGAGAGAUACUAUGAGGGCUCUGACCACCCAUAAUGCAGAUAUGCUGUGGGCCAAAAAGACUGACAAGGAGAGUGAGAAGCCAGUUCAAGACAAUACUAAGAAUAAACAACUGUAUAACACUGAUAAAAGUGAGACUCAGAAAGAAGAGGCAGAAAAAUCAAUGAAAAGGGCAGAGGAUGAGGCCAAAACAAUGCCAAGCUGUGUUCCACAUCACACAGAUGAUCUUAAGAGCAGAAAGAAGAAAAACAGAAGAUUAACUGAGGAUAACAUCUCUUUAGAGGACACACAAGCAACACAGACAGUAGAAAUGAAAGAUAAGAAUGAUGCUACAAAACCUAAAGUGUCAAACAAAAUGGAAAUAAGUACAACAAAGCAAUUUGGAAUGGAUUCAUGGAAGCUGGGGGAGGAGAGUGCAGAAGCAGUGAUGAGUGUGGAGAUGUCUGAGAAUAGGCACAGGAAGAACCUAGUCGGGAGACCAAGAUCAAUGAGCGAUCCAGAGAAGGAGGCAGAAGGGAGGCACACAAAGGUCAAGGACAGAUGGUGUUAUUUAAAAUCCAAGAGCUCUGUUCCCCAUAAAGACAUUAAUCCACUGAUGUCCAUUGAAGAGCCUCCCUCUGCUUUUCCUAUUACUCCAUCUAGCCCACUGUACACCAACACAAACAGUCUGACAGUCAUCACUCCCGUAAAGAAGAAACGGGGAAGGCCCAAAAAACAACCUUUGCUUACUGUCGAAACAAUUCAUGAGGGAACUGCAACCAGUCCUGUUAGUCCUAUUGCCCAAGACUCAUCAAGCACUUCAAAGAGGAGGAGGAAGAAGCAUAAUUUAUCAAAACUUGUGCAAUUGGCCUUAAAUAAAUCUCCUACCGCACAACAAUUGAAGCUCAAAAAAACGAGUCAGGUCGGCAUCCUUAAAAAGAGAACAGCUAAGAAAGUUAAAUUGGUUAAAAUGCAAAGCAUUUUGAAUGAACUUUUGUCGUCUUCAAGCAGUGGUAAUCUGAAGUCCAACGUUCCAGGUUGCAGUGCCAUGUCAACUGUGGCAUCGACAAUCGAGGCCCGUCUAGGCAAGCAAAUCAACGUCAGCAAGCGCGGGACUAUUUAUAUUGGCAAAAAACGAGGAAGGAAGCCCAGAGCUGAUCUUCAGGCCCAGCAAGAUGAGCACAAAGCCAGUGAUGAGCACUCGUUGCCUGUUUCAAGUCAAUUUGAGAACCUUCUAGUGCCUUCUACUCCAUCACCUACAACCAGAAUGCCUUCUCCUAGGGUCUUGCAGUCUUUCUCUGCUCAAUCCUUAGCAGUUGGGGUGGCACACCAUGUCACCACGGAAACCAGCCAGCACGACCUGAAGACCAUGCCAAAUCUACAGCCUAUCAGUGCAUUGCCCACAAAAACUCAGAAGGGCUUGCUCAGCAGUAAUUGGAAGCUCUCUCCUCCAAGACUUAUGGCCAACUCGCCAUCUCAUCUGUCAGAGGUGGCCUCCAUCAAAGAGGUCACCCUGUCUCCCGUCAGUGAGUCCCACAGUGAAGAGACAAUCCCAAGUGAUAGUGGCAUUGGCACUGACAACAACAGCACAUCAGACCAGGCUGAAAAAGGUCCAGCGUCUCGCAGGAGGUACUCCUUUGAUCUUUGCAGUUUUGAGGCUGCAGAGGCUGCCACGCUAGAAGCUGCAAGCAAGACAGCUAGAGGGCACUAUCAGAAGCAUGCUACCACGGUUGCAAUGGAGAAUUUCCUCACUCAAGAGAGCCUUAAGAAGCAAAAACAUAGACGGAAGCGGAAGAGCCUCCCAAGACGGGAUGACCUUCAGUUCCUGGCUGACCUUGAGGAGCUCGUUAGCAAGUUCCAGGUCUUCCGAAUCUCCCACCGCAGCUACAAGUUUUACCACGAGAACUCUUACCCCAGCAUUUUCCGUCUCAACUUUGACCAUUACUACCCUAUGCCAUACUACCCCUACGAUCCUGUACACUAUCUUCGAAGGAGUUCUGAAAAAUCAAAGAGGAGGCGUGGAAGGCCAGCCAAAUCAAAUGAACCAAUAACAAAGAUGCCUUUCAUUCAAGGGUUUGGAUAUCCAGUGCCCGGUGGCAAUUACUAUGCACCCUACGCAAUGCCUUACACAUCCAUGCCUCUUGCCACAAGUGUGAUGAACAUGGGCUACUACGGGCAGUAUCCACCUCCUUUGUACCUAUCACAUGCGCUUGGAUCUUCAGGCUCUCAUCUAAUGCGUCCACCGGUUCCUCCGCCAAAGUUCCACUCUAGUGGGUUGUCCAGCCUCUCUGCUGCCAGCAGACAUAGGACGAAGAGCAUUCCCCAUGAAAUGCCUUCUCCCAGGAUGGGCGACACUCAUCACUCAUCAAGCAGCUGCUUGGCGAGCGUCUGCCUCCACAAACGCAAACACAAGCAUAAGCACAAACAUAAGGAGGAUCAGCAUGCUGUCCCGCAGAGGGAAGAUCUUGGUGGACUCUUCAGUGGAGCACUGCCUCUGUCUAAACUGAAGGACAAACAGAGAAGCCAGCAAAGCGCAGAUGCGUCAUGUAAGACCUCCAGGAACUACUUUGAAGUAGACACACUCUCAUCAUUGUCCUUAUCUGACUCGCAGCACUGUAAACGUGCUCGAGGAGAGCCUCUGAACAACUUCCUGAACAUCUGCACUACACAAUCACAUGAACGGCUGCGAGCCAGCCAGGACCGGCCACUGGACUCGUUCAAGGGGCAGCACUUAGGAGAGGAGGGUCCCAGCAUCCGCAGUAGGAGGCAUAGCUUGGAGGAGUUUGCUACAUACAGCGAGGGAAGCAUGGCACCUUUCCAGAAUGACAGAGCAGACAGGACAAAACAGAUGUACCAGCGCAGCAACAGCACAUCUAUAGCAGAUCUCGACUCCUACAAGAAAAGGUACAAACGUAAAGAGAUCGAAGAGAUGCAGUGUGAAGUGCGGAAGAUGCACACUUUCUCCAAGAUCCUCACCAGCAAGAGAAGCCUGGACCACGUCAACAAAAUACUGAAGGUCAAGCGGCUUCAGAGGCAGGCUAAGACGGGCAACAACGUGGUGAAGCGGCGAAGGGGGAGGCCCCGGAAGCAGCCACUGCCCACGGAUGAGAUCUUGGCUCAGAUGCCUGUGCUGGAGAAAUGUGUGGACAUUCCCAGUAAGAGGAGCCUCCACAGUGGCCUGGUGCCCGCCCAGCUGGAAUUCUCCAACCACGAUUCCAUCGCGGACGCCAUUGAGGCAGUGGUCCACCAGGCCCGGGCGCAGCCCAAACCACAGGCCCCACAGGGGUCCAAGUACUGGCCCAAAGCUCAGCCGGAGGACCAGCCAGAACGGCCGGCACGGAGGGGCAGAGGGAGCAGAAGAGAGGAGGCGGAUCAUUAGAGAGUUUCAGAACAGUGCACUGUGAGUUCGACUUGCACUCCCCACCUUUGGAUAAUUUCUAAGCGACAGCUGAAAUACUCUUCACGGGCAUUCUCUGAGGAUUCUGAUAAUGAAUGUGGUCUAAAGUGCCCCACUUUUUGUUUUGUAUAUGCCAUCACCGAAAUCUUUUAUUAUUAUUAUUAUUAUUUGUUUUGUUUUUUUCUCUCUCACAUGGAGACAUUGUUGAGCUUCUAUUCUCCCAAAGCCCAUAACUCAAACGAUUUUGAAAUCUAUGGCUACAGCCAUAAUCUUACCAGCAAGUGUAAAUGAACUUUUAAUACAGUACUGUGCACUUUUGGGGUUUCUUUGCCUUUUUUGGUUCUCUCAAGUCAAAGCACAGUACUUAAAGACCAAUGCUGAUAAAAUUGGUCAUCAAUAACUCCUAGACAAUACACACACACACAAACACGCUUGCCUGCGCUCAGGUUUGUUCCGGGCAUGAACUAACGGCAAUACCCUUGAAUGAGACCCUUCUUAAAACUGUCUUUGAUGGCUAUAGUUUGAUUGUACAUAGGAACAUAUUCUACAAACAUUUCAAAGUGAAAGAAUUUUAGAUUUACCUGUACUGUCAUCAUAUCAAAUAGAAAACUGUACAAUAUUCAAAUAAUGUUUUUAACCAAAUACUAGAAAUAGAUGGAUGUGACAUACAAGCUUGUGUUCAAAUGGAGAAAAAAAAACAUACAGUAUUUAUUAAUCAAUUCAUAACGAAGUGGAUGCAUCACAGAUUGAAGGACUGUAUUAGACAACAGACAGAGUGUAAAGUCAAAUCUUCAGAAACCUUAGCUUAGGACUCAUUCAUUGUGUCGUCCAUGGGAAAUUCUAUUCUUGCAUUUAAAACCAACACAGCACUUACUCCAGUUUCCUUGUCCUUGAAGAUGGGCCUAAGUACUACACAGCGUCACAGUGAUUAUUUUUUGUUGAAUAACCAACAAUAUUUGGAAAAUAUUUUAGUAAUAUCAGUUGAGUGAUUUCUCAGUCAGUUACUUGGGGGGAAAAAAACAAACAAACAAACAAGAAAAAACGCUAAGUAACUGAGUUGCCUUUCCCAGAGUCUAUUUGAUAAUGUGCCUGCUCUUACUAAUAAAGUAAUAAUAAUAUGUUGAUAUACCUGUCAGUAUUAGAUGUUUAUACAACCAAAGUUUCAGUCGUUGUAUUUCAUAUUAUAGGUGGAUUGGUUUUUGGUUUAAGUGCUUGUAAAUGGCAUAUAAAGGAUGGAAUGUGUGGAUCUGAGACGUAGAAUUCACUACUGUAUACAGUACAGAAAGCUGCAUAGGAAAGUACUAGCAGGAAAUCAGGCUUCAGUGUAGUACAGUUGUUCUAAGCUCUUUUAGAAAUGUAAAUUCAGCUGCUCAUAAUGCAGAAAGCUCUCUCCAUUUGUGGUUUAUUUCUCAGUUGUUUCAUAUAUGUGCCUUAUGUUGUCAAUAAGUCCAUAACAUUUCAGGUACCGAAAACUAUGAAUGGCAAGAAAUCGUGCUUAACAUAUAGCAGAUAUACAUAUAUUCUACGUAUACAUACAUGGUCAUGAAUGUACAUAUGCCUGCUGUCUCUCCUGGUCAUUAGAGCUGUCAUUGUUUAGGUGCAUUCGCGCAACAAAACAGAAUGUGCAGAUCAGAUUGGUCGUCUUAAAAAUGAUCUGCUCCCGUAUUAAUUUGAAUCAGACUCUCACAAAUCGUUUUCUGUGCGGUUUAAUCCAGCAAACAAGACCAAACUGUGCUUGCGACAAUUCAAAUAGGACCACCACACUAUAGCACCGUCUAAGGGUUGUUAUGACAUGUACAUUCUUUUUUACUAUGCAUCAGGGUUAUACCUGCAAAUUGACAGACAUGUAUUGACUUUUUAAGAGGAACUACUUUUAUAAGCUUUCUCUUUUGGUUCAGUCCAUUUGACAAGGAGGUCUUAUUGAACAUUUCAAAUGAAAUGAUCAAAUGUAAAAGUCUGUAAUCUGGGUUUCUGUUUCUUUUCUUUCUUUUUUUUUUUUGCCUACAAGUGACUAUCAUUUCUUUGCAAUUCUUAUCGCUGCUUAGGGCAGAAAAAUCAGCCGCUAAGCAGUCGAGCCUUAAUCAUUAUGUUCAAUCCAACAAAUUAACCCUUGUAAAUAGUAGAACGGCCUAUCCGUAAUUAAACAGCUGACCAUGUGGACUGACUGUGCUCACUCUACUUAGAAUUGCCUAAGUAUAACUAAUAAAUAAUAAUACAGAACACGGAACAUAACGCAGCCCACAGCCGAAGACUAUGUGACUUAAAUCAUCAUUUUGUGAGAGUAGAAUGUUAAAUCUGACGAUGACUUUGCGUUAGAGCCAAGAGAAAUCGUCCUUAUUGGCUGGCAGCUAUCUCAGUCUGUGGCACUAAAUUGGACAUUUCAGCAUGUCUCCAUUUAGGGCUGGCACUGCAAACCACCUGGAGACACUGCCAAAAAUAAAGACAUCAAUUAUUCAGUGGCUAAAACCACUAAGAAUGGACAGAAAUCUUGCAGUUGAAACCAAAUUGUAUACAGUAGCAGUAUUCCUAAAUGGUACCAUAGAUCUUCAGUCUAUCAAAGGAGGUGUUAAUAGCAAGGUGUUUGGCAGCUCAUAUUUUUUGGCUUCUGAUGUUUUAAAAAAAAAACACCAGAUAUCCAGAUAUAUUUUUCUCUACCAGCUGAUAAAAUGGUGCCUUGUGAAGAUACGGUGUAGUUUGUUCUUAUUUUUUCUUAAAUUCUGGCUCUUAAACAAUGAUAGUAACUCAUUACAUGCUGUUUUGUGUCAUGUAAAUAUGGUCCAACUUGAUACAAAGGGUUCAUUCGACUGGUCACUUAACAAAGAUCACUUAAGAUAAUGUCAGUUCCAAGAUCCAGUUCAAAGAUUGUCAACAGUAUCAUAUCUGUAUUAAGAUACCGAAGAGAUUCCAGUGCAGGUGAAGAAUCAAUUGAAGGGUAACAUACUGAAUAAGGGCACAAGUCAAAUUCAGCAUAUUUUGUUUUUUAUAGGUACUACGACCAUUUUUGAUAACUUUUACUUUUCCUGAACCCGCAUGCCCUAACCGAUUGAUUGUAUGCACACAAAUUUUGAAGAACUCAAAUACUGAAUUUCAAUUUGGAGAAGAUCUUAUACAUUGUUUGAUAAGUUUUUUUAAGAAAUGGUUUUUAAUUCAUAAAGCAUUUUUGUAAAUUGUAUGAAUAUUAAAGAAAACAGCAAAUAAUGGACAUAUAUAGGAAAGAAUAAAUAUUGAGAUACGCAAGCAUAUGCAUUGUACAUAAAAUGUAUGUAGAUAUACACCCUCAUGUUUUUGUGUACCUGUGUAUACACAUUUAAAGAUACGUAUACUGCACUGUACAUAUGUACAUACAUUUAAGCUCGCAUGUGUUUGGUCAUAUUUGCCGUUCAUGAUCUUGUAGGGAUUUUUUUUUAUUAUUAUUUCUCUUUUAAGCUCUUGUUUUUGUGCAACCAUCUCAGUGCAGUAUUGAGCACUUAAAUACACUUGACCUUGUUCAUGUCAUUCAUUGUGCAAAAAAAAUUAAAAAUGGAUUUAUCAAAU